AUGGACAUAUUUUUUUACUCUGAAGAAAUUGAUAACCUUUUGGAGGAUUAUAGAAAAUUGUUGAACGAAUUUCAAAAUGCGAUUAAAGGAAAUGAAAAAAAUAAUUCAAUAGUAAAAAAAUAUUGUGAUGAUAUAAAUUUUAUAACAGAAAGAAUAAAAACAGCUAAGGAUGCAUAUUUUAUUGAAAUAAGGAAUUUACCAGAAGAUGAACAGGAUAAUUAUAUAAAUAAGAUUAGGGGGAAAGUAUCAAUAUUAGAAAAUUUGAAUAUUCAAUAUGAAUUUUUAAAAAAUAAAUUAAAAUAUGAAAAUAAACAAGAUGAAAAUAAAAAUAAUGAAAUAAAUAGACUCAAAUAUAUAACACCAAAAGAAUUGGAAAUUCGAGGAAAUUUCAUUCAAGACCAAACAGAACAAUCCAUUUUUAGAAUGAAAAAUAUGGUUGAUGAAUCAGAACAAAUAACUAGAAUAGCUGGAGUAAAAUUAAUUGAACAAAAUGAAAAAUUAAGAAAAGUUAAAGAUAAAGUAGAUGAUGUUGAUACAAAUGUAUCGAGUGCAAAGGAGACCUUAAAAGAAAUAAUGAAAGAAGCCGCUUCUGAUCGAUUUAUUCGACUUUUAUCUAUUAUGAUUUUUAUUGUAUUAGUUAUUCUUAUUACUGUAAUACUACUUACGAGGAAGUAG